AUGGUAAGCCUAGGAAGCAGAGCUGAAACAAAGAAAGAGAUGGUUUUUUAUAACGUAAAUUCAAGAAAAUUCGAGUCUGAAAUAAACAGCAGCAUGAAAGACAUACUUAACAAGAUGAAAGGAGCUAAUGAGAAACUAGGAGAAGAAAAAAAUUCAAAAGAAUUCUAUAAUUCAGAACAAAGGGCAAUUAUCAGGCACUAUAAUAGAGAAAAUAAAAUAAAGUUCAAGCACCCACUAUUGAUUGGAUGCAGAUAUAAUGGUCAGCUGGAAAGGACAAAAAGCUUUGGGACUAAAAACGAAAAUUCCAGUGUUUAUGUAAACCAAAUUAAUAAAACACCGAAUCCAGCUUCUAAGAAUUAUAUUCUUGGUGACAGCACGUCCCCUAACUUUUCUUAAUCUGUAAUAAAUUUAUAAAUAAAUAGUUUAUUUUUGGUUAAAAAUUAAUUACAGUCAGUUUAUUGAAGGAGUAAGCAAUUUUCUUAUUUAGAUACCGAGCUUUUUUCAAGCAAAAAUCUCCAGCCAAGAAUUAAUAUGGAGAAUGAUUUGCAAAACGUGAAACGAUCAUUAAAAACUCCGAUAAGAAAUUCAAGAACCUCCCAAAAUGAUCCAGCCACUGAUGACUUAAAGAUAUCUUACUUAAGAAAAUCACCCUUGAAAUCAAUGCCAAGUGACCUAUCCUACAAAUUUCCUCUGUCAAGGGAAUUGUCACUUAAAAAUACAAAAAUUAUUAGAAGAGAUAAAAACCCUCUCAAAAACUCGUCAACUCCUUUGGUCCAUGAUAGAUCAACUUCCCAAUACUCAAAUCCAAGAUGUAAUUCUCCAUUUAAAGAACCACUGGACUCAAAACUAUCAAAGUGUGGGUCACCAAUUGUACUAUCUUUCGCUAGUGAAUGGGAAAAACAUGAUGAAAAAUCCUAUUUGGGAAAAAUUAAUUCAAAGAAAACAGUUUUUAUAUCGAAGAGUAACUAUUUAUUAUUUUAAUUAAAAAUUCAUCUAAUCCAUUAAAUUCCCAUAAAUUCAGCUUUAAAACAUAAAUAUUAUAAAUUAAACAAGGAUUUGAUUUCAAAAAUAGAUUAUAAAUUUAAGUUUUACAAAUCCAACAAAAAAAAUUAUUACUCCCUCCCCUUUUAAAUUGAAAAUAUCACGUCCAAUUUACAGGACGAUCUUUUUGUUUUUAAAAAAAUUUGUAUAUUAAUAAAAAUUUGUAUAAAAUUAUUAAAUUUAAAUAUAUAAAUCGAACGAAUAUUAUGAAUUUUAAUUUAUUCUAUGACAUUAAUUCGAAAAAUUAAUCAAUUCAGUGUAAAUUGAUUUUAAUUGCACUUUUUCCAUUAAAUUAGGUAAUUUUCAACUGUAAAAUUUUCUUAUUCAAAACAUGUUGUUCUGAUUUAAAAGGAGAUAAAGUAUCCAAAAAAUAGAAAUUUUACCUAUAUUUUGUUCCAAUUUAAAGGUGAGGAGUUAACGAGCCAAAAAAUCUUGCUUGAUCCCUAAGAGUAAGAUCUUUUGACAAAAUUAUUAAUUAUUCAGCAGAAAAUAAACGAUUUAUAAAACCUAAAAAAAUCAUCAGAAGUUUUAACUAUCAGAAAACCAAUAUUUUUUAA